AUGGCCAGUCCAGUCGUCCUUCCACCGAAGCCGCCAUCUAUGGCGACCGCCGUCACGCCAGUACCAGGAUCGGCCCAAGUGCCUGCCUCCCAAGCAGCCACGCCGCCCGCAUUCGAGUUUACACGCCGUAAACGUUGGGCGGACCUCCUGAUUAACGAACUUUCAGAGGGCAUCAUCUUCGCUUUAAGCAGUACCGGAAAGGUUCUGUUCUGUUCACACUCUUCUUUCGAGCUUCUUGGCUGGCGCGACGAAGAGCUCGUCGAUCACAACGUCUCUGAGAUAAUGCACCACGCUGAUCGGGAUACUUUUGGCUCAAGUCUUUCUGAUUGCUGCUACAGUGGGGGCUCGUUACAAACGUUCGCGCGCCUGAGCUGCAAGCCGGAUCAGCUGCCUGGUCCUCCUGGACUUGUACCCCCUGCGCCACCUCCGCCAUUCGUACUCUUGGAGUUUGUGGGACGUCCGCACUUCGUCCCUGGAGAGCAGACGGCACGGUGUGUCUUUGCUGUCGCUAAACCUACGCCGAAUCGGAACACCGCCAUGCUCAAUACCUUUUUGGAGCUUAAGAUUGAAAACGCUCGAUUGCAAGCGCGCGUCCAAACCUUGAAGUCUCAGGGUCCGCUCGUAGGAGACGGCGCGGGCGCGAACGUGGAGCGAGCUCUGCAAUCGGCAGUCGACAGCCGCGAUCCUACGGCAUUCUACACUGCUCUCGGUGCUGUUGGAUCAGCGCACGCGCCGUCCUACUUGCAUUCUGGGCAAAGUGACGAUGCUGACGGUGCGCCACAUAAAAGGCGCAAGGUCAUCGAGCCGCACGUUUGUACUACUUGCGGUCGCACGGACAGUCCAGAGUGGCGCAAGGGUCCGCGCGGACCGAAGACUCUCUGCAAUGCAUGCGGCCUUCGCUGGGCGAAGAAGGUGCGCAAGUUCGAGGAGAGUGGCGGCGAGGGUGUCGCCGAACCCCUCGAUGACGUCGUCCCACCUUAG